GCGCUGCCCCGGCUGGGCGGGACGGCAGCGGGCAGCGCGGUGAGGAAGAGGAGCGGGAGGAGGAGGAGGAGCUGGGGACACGGCCAGUAGGGUGCCCGGCGGUGCCCGGCGGAGGGGACCGCUGUCUCUGCGGCGAAGGGCCCGGGCUGGGUGUCCCGGUCCCUGUGCGGGGAGCGGGCACCGCCCGGCCCGAGCGGCUCCCGGCAGGGCGCGGGGUGCGGCCGCCUCCGCCGGGACGGCCCCGGGAGCGAACCCCGCCUGCAGCUGCAGCCGGUCCCGGCGCCCUCAAGCACCUGCCUUUCUUCCAAGGGCCGCCUCAGCUGCAGGGUGGAAAACGGCACAAAGUUUCCGUGGUUUGGAGGGACUUUCAAACUGGUGCCGGCUCUUGGCGGGAGGCUGAGUGAGUGUGCGGAGGGAGCGGACCGAGCCCUAAUCGCUCCAAGGCACUGCCCUAAGCGCAGCUGUUGUAUCUCGUCACCAGGGCUAAUCCACAGCCCGGUGUGGGUUUAAGCCUGCUGUGCCAGUCAGAGGGCUUGACUGCAAGCCACGUCCUCCUCCCGGUACCCUCUCCGCUCGCCCCGAGUCCGUCUGUCCGCAGGAGCAGCGGGAGCGCUGGUGCCAAAGAGACACACGGAGCACGAUGUCCCUGGCAUCCUGGUUCAGGUGGAACGAGCCCCCAAACCGCAUUUCCCAGAGGAGCCCCACGGAGAUGGUGGUGGAGACGCUGAUGAUGGAGCUGAGCUGGCAGAUGAAGCAGGCCGAGAAGCAGCAGCGCGAGCGCGAGAACGAGUACCGGCGCAUGAAGAGCGGCGUGGACUACGGCUGGCUGGUCAGCUACCCCAAGCACAGCUACGACAUCAGCCCCGGGGAGAGGCUGCAGCUGGAGGACAUGUGCACCAAAAUACACCCUUCCUACUGCGGGCCUGUCAUACUCAGGUUCAGGCAAGUGGUUGCAGAGUACGAACCAGAAGCGCAGGAAGUAUCCCGGCUCUUCCGCUCCGUCCUGCAGGAAGCUGCUGAGAAGAUCAAAGAGGAGGAAGAGGCUAAGAAGCUUGCAAGGCAGUGGAACACAAAGAACAGAACCAGCCUCUCCUUAACAACAUUUAAAUCUCGGUCCAGGAUCUCCCCAUUCAUCAGUGACAUCAAGACCAUCUCUGAGGAUGUGGAACGGGGCACCCAGCCCAACAGGAGGGUUUGGAGCAUGCCAGAAUUUCGGAACACCAAGGACUUCUGACUCUAUACUCAAUAGGUUUUUAGACACUGAUCUUUCAAAGCCCAGUUAACCCUUUUUUAACUCUACUGUUCUUUUUUCCAUCUCUCUUUUCCUGCCUGUCUCUGUGUUGGAAGCUGUGUCUGUAGUAAUUGCUGCUGAUGCCUGCAGCCUGUCACACCAUUUAUUACCAAACAUGGUAGCCUUUCCUGUAACUCAGUAGCUGUUCAGAACCUUAAGGACCUUAAGGCUCAUUUACUAUCUCAUUUUUAUUACUGCUUUCUUGUGGAAAAUGCAUUAGUUUUGCUAUGUCUGUCUUCUCCCUUUCCCCUCCAGCCUGGAUGUAGUUAUCUAUAAAAACUUUUGGCUCAAGCUACUGAGAGCUGCUGGCUGCACCGAUCUUGCUGAAAGCAAGACAGCCACUUAAAUGAGUGGGGCUUGCAGGAUCAGGCUUGUGAGCUAAAGCUAGUAUCUGAUUUGGAACUGAACUUCCUUUUCCAACUAAUAGCCUUCCUCAGUGCUACAACAAACUUCACAGGUAACCUCAGCACUGCUCUUGAUCUGCUUUUUUUGCUGACAGUUCACAAUCCAACCUGGGUAGAAACAGAGCCAAGCUUUUUGAGAUUAAAGACCAAUCAUGUUCCACAA